AUUGUUCCUGACUCAGUAUUUCAAAAUUGGGAUCAGCUUGAUCGUUAUAUUAAAAUGUACGCAAAACAGAAUGGCUUUGUAUCAAUAAUUACUUGUUCUAAGUUUGAUGGGGCUACUCGUAGAAGAUGUAGAUAUGCUUGCGAAAAUCAAGGAAUAGGUCAUUUAAAGAAAACAGCUAUUGUGGAGAAUCAAAAACAAUCUCAAACAAAGUGGUUAGGAUUAAAAGAAGAAAUCAAAUAUUAUACUUCAAAAGGGUUAAAUAUGCGAAUGCAGCUUUCCUUACUUGAAGACAAAUAUUUGGAUAUCCUUUUUUUGCCACAAGAUUUGUUAUCUACAAUACAAUCCUUUAAGAAACAGAAUAAAGUUAUUAAUGAAGCUUUUAUUCUUUUAGAAACACUUUUUAAUAACAAAGCACAAGACCCAAAUUGG